UUUUCCAUUUUGUUGCUUUUAUCGCAUCUUUUGCUAGCUAGUAAUAGCUACAAAUUCCUCGUCUACUCCCCAUUCCUUGGCCAUUCGCACACAAAGUUUUUGAGUGCUAUAGCGGAUACGCUCACGGAAGCUGGCCAUAAUGUGACAAUGCUAAUGCCGGUCAUGGACACUGAAGAAGAACACAGAACGGGUGUAAAGAUUACAAAAAAUAUUAUCAAUGUUCCCGCUCAUCCUCGUGUAGCUGAAUACUACAAGCAUAGGAAGGAGACUUUUGGUAAUGCAUGGACAAUGCAACCUAGCUUGUGGGGGUCGUCUAAGGUUUUCCAGCACAUUAUUGAC